GAAUUCGAUACGUGGCCAGUGAUUCGGGUACAGUUCUUCACAUUGUUCGAUUCAGCAGAUCUUUCUACAAACAGCACUCAACAAUGGGCCAAUCUAUCUUUUUAGUAGCAUUAUUUGCAGUUUUUUGCACUACUCUCUGCUCCUGCUGUUCAAAUCCCCAAGUAACCUCAAAAUCCUUCACAACUCUGGAUGCAACUAUAGUCUCCAAUGUAGCUUAUAUAUCAGAGUUUACAGUGAAAUGUGGCUCUGGAGAAGUUGGAAAUCUGUAUGCUGAACUAGAUGGAAACGUUUCACCUGUUUCUAUUGUUGGACCAAACACAUACCAGGUGAGCUGGACAGAAGAAUCAAAAUCUGCUCGUAAAGGAGACAGAGAAGUAAGGCUUCUCAAUGAAGAUGGCUUCACUGCCUUCCGCAGAGCCAGUAGAGCUAAUGAAGACAUUUCAGCUAUACCUUCCCUAUUCAGUGUUGUCAUAAACCAUCCAGGUGCCUUCAGUGGUCCAUGGUUGCAGUCAGAAUUCAUUGCUACCAUUUUAUCCUUAGCUGUAGCUUAUUUUGCUCUAGCAUCUAGAUCAAGAGUUGUUGCAUAAUUUGUUAAUUGUUGAUGAUUAAAUGUCAAUUUCCAUAUUUAUUGUCAUUGAUUAUAUUUCAUAAGAUCAGAUUUUUAGAUUUAUAAUAAAAUCAUGGAAUAAGU